CAGCUAGCACAAGAUUUUCACUAUUAGAUAGCCUUGAAAUCUUUAACUCACUUUUCUUGUCGGAGGCGGCAAAGUUAGAAAGUCACGAUCUGAGUUUCGUAAUGGCUGAAGAAACCGUCAAGAAACGUAGACCGUUCAAGAAGUUCUUCUAUCGAGGUGUUGAUUUAGACCAGCUUCUGGAUAUGAACUUGGAUCAGUUAGCCCAGCUGAUGCCUGCUCGGAUACGCAGAAGAAUUAAAAAAAAACUUCGUAAUAAACACAUGACGCUUCUAAAAAAGCUUAGGAAAAGCAAGAAAGAAUGUCCUUUUGGUGAAAAGCCGGCUGCUGUCAAAACUCAUAUCAGAGAUAUGAUUGUUCUUCCAGAGAUGAUCGGAUCAGUUGUUGGUGUUUAUAACGGAAAGUCAUUUAACACUGUCGAGAUCAGACCUGAAAUGCUCGGCCACUACCUCGGAGAAUUUUCAAUAACCUAUAAGCCUGUCAAGCACGGCAGACCUGGUGUUGGUGCUACUCACAGUUCCAGGUUUAUCCCUCUUAAAUAAUAUGUCCAUGUAAUAAAUUGCUGGUCAAGUCAUCCUCUUUUUGAAUAAAUGAUUGUAAUGACAUUAAAUAUGCUUAUCGAUGGUAAGCACAUAGUUUCAGUAUGAAGACUGAUGGAUUGAGUGUUGUAACUGCUCCUAAAAUUAGCGGGGUUUCGCUCAGACCAUUAGGUACGCUUUAUGCUAAUAAUUGUCUUGCCAAGACAUUCCUCAGUCACAGUAUCAGUCUAGAAAAUAUAGAAGGGCGGGUGACCUGUUUUAGUCUAAGCGGCGUUGGUCUCAGCCGAUCCAUCUUUUGAGUGCGUCAAAAGAUGGAGUUUUAACCACGUGUUGAGUGAAUGAGCUCCAUUGUUGAUGACUCGCUGAGAAAGUUGAUGAGCACUUGACAAAUAAUUUGGGUAAGACUAUAAUUGAUUUAGGACCUAGAGACGCUGUGAUCUUGAGGAUACCCACCUACUAACUAGGACCAAAUAAGGUUUAUAAACCAGGGCGAAGAACUAGAAUUAUGAUUUAUAGUUGAUCGUUAAGGUUAGGAACUAUAUUUAGGGUUUUCAUCACGAACUG